AUGGUGAAGCUCUUCUCAUGGCGUCGCUCAAUUCUUACGAAUACGAAUUGCUCGCGGCCGUCCCUCUUAAUCUCUCGUUUCCUUUCCGGACGCCCGUCUCCACCUUCACAGGACCAACAACAAUCUGACAAGAGACCCAAAACCAUCUCGCAACCACAUGCGAGUAAUUCGGAUGGGGCCGGAGAGAAUUCGGAGCUGCCUUUCGAUUUCAUGUACUCUUACUCAGAGUCGAGCCAGGGCGCUAAGCCGAUUGGGUUCCGCGAACCCCCGAGAUUCUCCCCAUUCGGGCCGGGCCGAAUUGACCGGGACUGGGAUGGGGUUUGUGCCCCCGCCAAGCACAAGCUCGACGUUGACAAGCUCACGGAGGAGAGGGAAAAGAUUCUCGGAGACCCGCUCUCAGAGGAGGAGAUCGCCGAGCUGGUGGACAAGUAUCGCCACUCCGAUUGCUCCCGCCAAAUCAAUUUGGGUAAAGGAGGUGUUACACACAAUUCACUUGAAGAUAUCCAUAACCAUUGGAAACGAGCAGAGGCAGUGAGAAUAAAAUGUUUGGGAGUGCCAACACUUGACAUGGACAACAUCUGUUUCCAUCUCGAGGACAAAUCUGGCGGGAAGAUUAUAUAUCGCCACAUAAAUAUCCUCCUUUUAUAUCGUGGGCGCAACUAUGAUCCUAGAAAACGACCUCAGAUCCCACCGAUGUUAUGGAAGCCAUAUCCACCAAUAUAUCCCAAGCUGGUGAAGAAAGUUGCUGAUGGUCUGACAUUCGAACAAACUAAAGAGAAGCGAAAUAGAGGACUUACCUCUCCUCCACUUAUGAAACUUACGAGGAACGGUGUGUAUGUAAACGUUGUUGAGAGAGUGAGAACAGCGUUUGAAACUGAAGAUGUCGUGAGGUUAGACUGUGCUCAUGUGGGCAAAAGCGACUGCAAGAGGAUUGGCGUCAAACUAAGAGAUCUGGUUCCUUGCGUUCCUCUCUUGUUCAAAGACGAGCAGAUCAUACUGUGGAAGGGAAAUGAGAAUAAUCGUGGAGCUUUCAAGCCAAAAUGA